AUGGGUGAAGAAGUGAUCCCCACAGCUCCCAGCCGCGUCUCCCGCGACCCCGCCGUCCCCGCACGGUCCGGGGAGACGCGGCGCUGCGGGCGCCCAGCCGCCCACACGGGGCUCCGGCACCUACUGACUUCAGAGAAAUCAGCAAAGCUCUUAGGGUUAUACUCUGCAGUUUUUAAUAGUGUUAACAUCUUCCUUUUGGAUGUUUCAGAAUGCAAAAUCAAGGAGGAGAACCAAAAUACAGUCUUGAGCCUAAAGCGGCUACCUUCAGAUGAAGUAACAGUGACUCUGGAGAAACCACCUUUGGGGAGGACUGAUCAAAAGUAUUAUAAAACAGAGCAGAGCUGCCUGAGUCCAAGCCCUGUUGGCCCCCAUGAGGUUCAGGUCACACAGCACAAGACAGCUCCUGGAGGAGACAGACCCUACAUGUGUAUGGAGUGUGGGAAGUGCUUCAGUCGGAGCUCCCAUCUCCUUCAGCAUCAGCGAAUCCACACUGGUGAGAAGCCCUACGUGUGCAGCAUAUGUGGGAAAGCCUUCAGCCAGAGCUCAGUCCUUAGCAAACACAGGAGAAUCCACACGGGCGAGAAGCCCUACGAGUGCAACGAGUGUGGAAAGGCCUUUAGAGUGAGCUCGGACCUUGCUCAGCACCACAAGAUUCACACGGGAGAGAAGCCACACGAGUGUCUGGAGUGUCGCAAGGCCUUCACGCAGCUCUCACACCUCAUCCAGCACCAGCGGAUCCACACCGGGGAGAGGCCGUACGUGUGUCCCUUGUGUGGGAAAGCCUUCAACCACAGCACGGUGCUGCGGAGCCACCAGAGGGUGCACACCGGAGAGAAGCCUCACGGGUGCAGCGAGUGCGGUAAGACCUUCAGCGUGAAGAGGACGCUGCUGCAGCACCAGCGCGUCCACACCGGUGAGAAGCCCUACACGUGCAGCGAGUGUGGCAAGGCCUUCAGCGACCGCUCGGUCCUCAUCCAGCACCACAACGUCCACACCGGCGAGAAGCCCUACGAGUGCAGCGAGUGCGGCAAGACGUUCAGCCACCGCUCCACCCUGAUGAACCACGAGCGCAUCCACACGGAGGAGAAGCCUUAUGCGUGCUACGAGUGCGGGAAGGCUUUCGUGCAGCACUCGCACCUGAUCCAGCACCAGAGGGUUCACACCGGGGAGAAGCCCUACGUGUGCGGGGAGUGCGGGCACGCCUUCAGCGCCCGCCGGUCCCUGAUCCAGCACGAGCGGAUCCACACGGGCGAGAAGCCCUUCCAGUGCACUGAGUGUGGUAAGGCCUUCAGCCUGAAGGCCACUCUGAUCGUGCACCUGCGGACGCACACAGGCGAGAAGCCCUACGAGUGCAACAGCUGCGGCAAGGCCUUCAGCCAGUACUCCGUGCUCAUCCAGCACCAGCGCAUCCACACCGGGGAGAAGCCCUACGAGUGCGGCGAGUGCGGGCGUGCCUUCAACCAGCACGGUCACCUGAUUCAGCACCAGAAGGUGCACCGGAAGCUGUGAGGGCGGGCGGCCUUCGCACGGGAACGCCCGGCUGAUUGGAGCACCGCACCGGAAGCUCUGAGGGCGGGCAGCCUUCGCGCCAAAACGGCUUGCUGACGCUCGGAGCGCCACCGAGCGGGUAGUGAUGUAAGACGCGUUUUCUUUUCCUCGACAUCUUGAAGUUGUUUCGGACAGCAACCCCACAAUCGAACAGAAUAAACUACUGGUAAAGAUAGCCAUAAUUGUUUCUUUAACAUUAAUGAAUUCGAAGUAAAGAACUUAAGUCGCAAGGACUAAUGUCCCAUUAACUCUCCUAAAAUUGCAAAUAACGUCUUUUCUUAGAUUGCUACAUGCCUUUCCUAAUCAUAACUUAAACUUAUAUGUUGGACUAGUCUCAGUAGUAUGUUAAGAUACUAUAAAGUGCUGUGUGGAUAAAUUGAUAUAAAACUGUCAUCAAGUAUUACAUGAAAUGGCUGAAAAUUCUGAGUGUGUGUAAAUAACUUUUAUAUGAAAAAGGAAAAAGU